CGAUUGUGCCAAUGCGGUGAUAAUGAACUUGACCAGUGAUGGGUGCUGUCGGGCGGGCGGGCCAGCUGGUCCGUCGUCUUCAGACCAGUCAGUCUCUGGUUGCCGUUCGCUACAGUCAUGAGUCCUGCGGUUGCCACUUUGACCCUGCUCCUCUGCGCGUCUGCCGCAGUGGCGCUGAAGUUGCCGCCAUGGCAGUGGAAUGACAUGGACAAUGAGGCUUCACACAAGGUGUCCUUCGAAUUCUACUCAAGGGAGAACCGGGACACGCCGGGGGACGUCGUGACGGUCUCGGACCUGCCGGACGACCUCGAGAGCUUCGACCCGCAGAGACCCACGAAAGUUCUGGUGCACGGCUGGCACGGGCGCCAGGCGCACGCCCAGGCGCUCAAGAAGGCUUUCCUGAAGACGUCGGAUGUGAACGUGGUGAUCGCCAACUGGCACGGCGUCGACACGCUCGUCUACCCCGUGGCCGUGAAGCGGGUGCCGGCCAUCUCCCGCCAGCUCGCCGACCUGGUGCAGUACCUGGUGAAGCGGCAGGGCAUGCGCCUCGACGACCUGCACAUCGUGGGCCACAGCCUGGGCGCGCACAUCUCGGGGCUGGCCGCCAACUACAUCCCCGGCACCAUCAACAGGAUCACCGGACUGGACCCCGCCGGGCCGCUGUUCAAGACGGGAGCAGAUCGCAGCCUGAGCAAGACGCACGCCGCCUUCGUCGACAUCAUCCACACGUGCGCCAACGUGUUCGGCUUCCACGACGCCAUGGGCCACGUCGACUUCUACCCCAACGGCGGCGUGUGCUUCCAGCCCGGCUGCGCCGUCCAGGACAUGACGACCGGCAAGUGCAGCCACAACCGCGCCUACUACCUCUUCGAGGAGUCCAUCCUCCUCAACGACACGCUUCUGGCGCUGCCCGCCGCCGCCGCCGGGCACGGCACCCACCACGCCGACCCGUGCAGCGAGGUGGACACCAGCGCCGACACCGUGCCCAUGGGACUGUCCACCCCGAGGAGCGCCCGGGGCGUGUUCUGCCUGUCGACGCGCGCCGAGGAGCCGUUCGGCUACGGCGCCGAGUCCCCCAUCCCGAUGAUGGUGAAGCCGACCUGGAGGCAGACCGCCUCCAUGUGGCUCAAGUUCCUCAGGCUCAAGAUGCCGCACUCGGCGUAGACGGCGACCAACGACACGGCGACGACCUACGCUUAUUUAUUCUUCAUUGCAGCGAAUCGUGAUAAAAGUUGUGAUAAUAAAAACGUUCAAAAAAUUAACAA